UCUUGACAUUUACUAAAAAGUCAUUACAGAAAAUUAUAUCAAGUAAAGAAUACAAAUAUUCUGUUUCUACAGAAAUAAAAGCGUCCUGCGACAAUUUUAUAAAGAAUUUAGAAUCCACUGAUUGUAGGGCCAGUCAAUAUGAUUUUAAAAUAUUUCAACUCCUUUGUCACUGUAAAAUUCCAAGUGUAAUGGUGGAGGCCUUGGAUUGCCUUCAAAAAAUUUUUGCCUGGAACUCUUCUUUAAUUCCUACUGAAGACGUCGUUUACACCAUUUGCGACUGCUGGCUCGAAGAGCGGACUGAGCCCUUGUCGCUACAAGUUGUAAAGGCCUUAUUGACAGCCGUUACUUGUGCUCAAAGCCAACUUACUUCUGGCUCUGUGCUAAGGGCUUUUCAAACUUGCUUUGAUAUUUUCGUGGCCUCUAAAAGUGCCAGCGUUCAAACAGCAGCGAAGGCAACUUUAACCCAAAUUCUCAGCUCCCUUUUAGACAAAGUGAAAAUAGAGGAUAAGCUGGUGGAGUCUAAGAUUCCCACGUCCUCCGAACUUAAGGAUCUGAACGCCGAUGCCGGGGAGAUACCAGAGGAGGCGGGAGCCAGUAGCCCAUCACCGGCGCCGUCUGGUAGUUCUGGAUUCAGUAUACUGGCUUGCCUUUCGCAGUGGGAGCAAGAGCUUCAAUGUCGCGGUCCCGUAGAUCAGACCACCCUUAAUGCAUUGCUUGUUUUUCGUCUGCUUUGUCUCCUCUCGUUCAACCACGUUCAAGACGCGCAGUGGACCGGUUCAGAGGCGAAGAUGCAGCAACCACACGGCAAAAUUUUGUCUCUCGAACUGCUAUUGGUAGCGUUGGGACACUGCACGCCAGCAUUGAGCAUCUUUCCGCCUUUUGUCGACUCGAUUAAAAAACACCUAUGCAUUUCCCUUUUGAGAAACGGCACUUCUCAAAAUACUUUCAUAUUCAAGCUGUCCCUCUCCAUUUUCAUGCUACUUCUUGGCAACUUUAGGCGAUUUUUAAAGCCUCAGAUCGAGAUCAUUUUCAAAAAUGUUUUUCUUUUAAUUCUUGAGUCGCCCACAUCGUCCUUCCGCCACAAAUGGCUCAUCCUACAAGCCUUAGCGAGUAUUUGCGGCGAUCCACAAAUGAUCGUCGAUCUACACGUAAACUACGAUUGCGACUUGUCCAUGGACAACAUCUUCAUCAGACUUGUUGGCGAUUUGGGAAAACUAGCGCAGGGGCGUCAGUCUUCUGAACUGGGCGCGACUCCCCGCGAAGAGAAAGAUUUAAAAUUUACGGGCUUGGCGUGUCUUAAAGCCAUUUUGGGAUCGAUGAGCGAAUGGAUAAGACUGUGUGAGGAAAAAUACAGCGAAUCUACCGCUGUUACUUCAGUAAGUGAGACAGCGCCUGCUGUUACGCCUUGUACGCUCAAAAAGCACGACGACCACGAACACUUCACUGUAGACGACUUGGAAAGCAUGGAGACGAGGAGAAAGACAAAAGAGCUCAUCGAACGGUGUAUCAGAGAGUUCAAUAGCAGCCCGAAGGAGGGCCUCAGACUUAUGCAGAACAAAGGUCUCUUGGGAGAGGACGCUUGUAGUGUGGCGCGCUUUCUACUUGGAGAGGACCGUCUUGACAAAGCGAUGAUUGGAGAGUUAUUGGGAGACCACGAGGACUACUGCCGAGAAAUCAUGCUGGCUUUUGUCGAUUCGCUAGAUUUCUCCGGCAUGGAUUUUUUGCCGGCGUUGAGACAUUUCCUUGGAAAUUUUCGACUUCCUGGAGAAGCUCAGAAAAUAGACCGAUUGAUGGAGAAGUUUGCUGCUCGUUAUUAUGAGAACAAUCGCGAUGUGUUUGCGCACGCGGACACUGCCUAUGUUUUGGCCUUUUCUGUCAUCAUACUGGCCACCGACUUGCAUAACAAGAAUGUCAAGAGAAAAAUGACUAAAGAUGAGUUCGUUAGAAACAACCGGGGCAUCAACGACCAGAAAGAUCUGCCGCGAGACUUUCUCGAGAACAUCUACGACAGUAUCGCUGCGGAGGGAAUUCGCACAAAAGGUGGCCGCUUCUUGGACACACGCAUUACCUAUUCGGCCAGUGAACUGACCAAUGAGAAGACCCGGAAUCUUCUUUAUCGAAAACAGAUGGAGCGCGCUCUGGAGGCUCUUAGUGACACUUUGCUGGAACGGUCUCAGGCUCCCUCCGAGUUUAUCACAGCCACUCGCGUGGAACACGUCAAAGUCAUGUUUUCUGCCACGUGGGCGGUAUUUCUAGCAUCAAUCAGCAUAGCCCUGAGCACUACUGCGCAUAAGAACACUUGGAAGCUAUGCCUGGGAAGCUUUAAAAGCGCCAUUCACAUUGGUUGUUUUUUUGGAAUGGAACUUGAGCGGGGUGCCUGCGUGUCGUCUCUUGCCAAGUUUACCACUCUACUGUCUUCUGAUACUCCCCUAAUGGAAGAAAAGCAGUUUGCGUGUCUGAUUACUCUCUUGUCUGUGGCGCAUAGAGAGGCCAACUUCUUGGAGUCCUCGUGGUACGAUAUCCUUUGGUGCAUCUCCCGUCUUGAGUGCGCGCAGCCCGGUCUUUUCAAGAGUCACGAUUCCAGGGAAAAGUUACUUAGGGUCGGCCGCAGUGCGAGUAACUCUCAAAUGACCCGCAAGCACAGCGGUAAGUCGGUAAACUUACUUUUCUCUCACGCCAGUGGAAAGGAAGAAGAUUUAAACGAGCUUCAUUGGCAGUCAGUUAUUCAGCCCAUUCAAUUCUCAGUAGAACGAAUAUUCUCGAAUUCUUUAAACCUGACGGGAGACGCCAUUCUGGAGUUUGUAAGGCAGUGCUGUGCCCUCUCUGCGGAGGAGCUGCAGAGCUCGUGCCCGCCUCGGAUGUACAUGCUGCAGAAGAUUGUUGAGGUCUCUCACUACAAUAUGGAUCGCAUUCGCCUGGAGUGGUCCCGAAUCUGGACUGUGUUGGGGAGCCACUUCAACAAGGCUGGCUGCAUGCUGGACCAAACCAUCGCCCUGUUUGCCGUGGAUUCUCUGCGGCAAUUAUCCAUGAAGUUCCUUGAGAGGGGAGAGUUCGCACACUUCCAUUUCCAAAAGGACUUUCUCCGGCCCUUUGAGUAUAUCAUGGCCAAUAACGAGGAGGAAAAAAUACGGGACAUGAUUAUCUGUUGCAUGUCCCACUUCGUUCAAUUACAGGCUAACAACUUAAAGUCUGGCUGGAAGAACAUCUUUUGCGUCCUCUCAUUGGCUGCAUGGGAACGCAACCACGAUCUUGUUUCUGCGGCUUUCGACAUAUUUCGCCAUGUGCAUCAGCACCAUUUAGCGGCCAUCUGUAAGUCAUCCGCCGUAGAAUACCUAAACUGUCUUCUUGAGUUCUGCGUAGCCCCUGGCCUUGAUAAAAUAAGCAUGGAGACGAUGCCCAUGAUUCAAGCGUACGCUUUAGAGGUGCAUCAGAAGAGCAAGGAUAACAGAAUCUCUCCGUGGAUCGACGGGUGGUUGCCACUCAUGCUAACUCUCCACAGAAUAGUAAUGCGCUGCUCUAUUGACCUUCGAACAAGGGCGUUGAAUAUAACCUUCGAGCUGCUGCGCGCUUAUGGCGACUGCUUUACUCAGCAAAACUGGGUAGACCUCUUCCACGUUUUUUUCCGCCUCUUUGACGACCAGAGAUUACCGGCCGCUUUUGACGAGAAAAAAGUUUGGGUGGAGACGACAUGCACCGUUGCGUUGUUUCCAAUGAUGGAAACCAUAACUCAACACUUCGCCAUUCUCGCACCCCCAGUACUAGGAAGUUUCCUGGAGCGUUUGCAGUGGUGCCUCGAAAAGGGGAGUGGACUCUUGGCCACUUCCGCCGUUCAGUGUCUGUCUAUGCUAGUCCUCAGAAACUGCGGGGCCCUACAACCUGCAAUGUGGGAACUUAUCGUGAGGCGCAUAAUAUCGAUGUUCGAGACCACAAUGCCACACGAACUUAUGAACUUCCGACCUCCGGAAGCCACAGCAGAAGGGGCCGGCCACACGCUAUCGGAGUGCGCUCUUGUUAAGUGUGUUGUCCAGCUUGAGCUCCUCCAUGCUGUUGAAGAUAUCUUGCUUCCGCAGCGAUUCGACCUACCCACGAACGAAGCUCCUUCCCGUUCCGAGUGCCCGUCGAGGGGCAGCGCCUACGAAUAUUUGUCUACUGAGUAUGUAACUGCACUGUUACAAAUUCUGCUGAAAUCGCACAACUUUGCUGAAUCUUUCAACGCAAACCUACAACAGCGCCAGCUUCUAUUGAAAGCAGGAUGUCUAAAGAAGCUUCCGCAUCUCCUGAAGCAGGAAAAAUUGUCCCAGCGGGUGUACAUCGCGGUUCUACUUAGAAUAUACGAGGAUCACUCUCGCCAGGACGUCUGGGGCUCUGCUGAAGAACAGCUCAUAAGCAUCGCUGUUGACGCCAUAAACACGUGUAUAGAAGAACAGAGCACUUCUAACGAACGCGCACGAAGUACCAGUACAGGAAAUCUUAUUCUUCUUUUGAGGGGACUUCUACGCUCCCCCAGUGAAAAGUUCCGAACACACAUAGCUCGCUACUACAGACCUUUAGUCUCUCUCUUGUGCUUGGAAAUUAAGAAUUCAACACUGCGGUGCGCGUUGGGCGAAAUUUUUCUUCGUAUAACUCGAGAAUAUAUUUGCACUGGCGGUGCGCCAUUCUAAAUUGGGCUUACACUUAAACUAAGUUGUUUAGUCUAAGCAAACUUUAGAAAUUCCUACUUACCCCCUUUUUAUUC